ACCGCAAACAUUAAAUCGCCCCUAUUGGAUGUACGCUCGUAUUACAGUUUAACAUAUGUUUAAUAGUGUACAUUCAAUGCGUGCUUACACUCCGAUCCAUGCCGAUCCAAGUAAUCAAAAAUGCGACGGGUGGAUGUGAAGAAACCUCUGAUGAGACUUUUAACUUUAAAUGUACACCUUGCUCUAAAAUUAACAGACACAGAGAAGCCGUGAAAUAUUGUGUGGAAUGUCAGGGAUACUGUUGUCAGUCGUGUAUUGACAUGCACCAAGCAUUUCCUGCUAUACAAGGACAUAAAAUGCUCGAUAAAUCAAGUUUCAUGACUACGAUUUUGACAACCAAUCUUCCAAGUGUUCCUACGGAAAUAUGUUCCAUACACGAAAUAAAGAUUCUGGACAUGUAUUGUGGUAACCAUGACGUUGUUGGCUGUACAAGCUGUAUUGCGCUAAACCACAGGAACUGCACAGAUGUCCAGCUUGUAUCGGAUGUUGUCGAAACUAUGUUUAAGAAGACGGACGUGGAUGAAACUAAUCUGAAAUUACGGGAGAAGAAUAUUGCAAUGGAGAAGAUUAAAACAUCAAGAGAGGCUCUUCUCGAAGAGUUAAAUAAAUCAAAAACGGAUGCAGUCAAUGAAAUAGAAGCAUUUAGAGCAGACAUGGAAACCAUGCUUCGGAACAUGGAAAAGGAAUCGAUAAAAGAAGUGAAUAAGGAAUACCAAACAAUGAAUGCAAUGCUGCUGGAGGAGAUGAAGAAAUCAGAAAAACAGAUUAUAGGUCUCGGGCGAGCUGCGGACAACAUUAAACAAUCUGACGGAAAUGUAGCUCAGCAGUUUGUUUCCAUAAAAACAGCACAAAAGAUCAUUGCCCAGACUGAUGAUAUUAUGAACUCCUUCGAUGCACAUACACAUGCAAAGGUAUCAUUUGCUGCUGACCAAAGUGUUUUGGGAUUUCUACAACACCUGAAGACGUUUGGGUCGGUCAACAGGAAUACAGCCUACUCAGUCAAGGCAAUCAGAGAAAUGAACAUAAAAGUACAAAGUGACACAUCAACCUGUACUGUAUAUGGGUCAUGCUUAACACAAGGAGGCAAGCUACUACUGCCUGACUCACACAAUAACAAGUUGAAACGUGUCGACAUAAGCAAACUUUCGGUAGAGGAUUACUGUGACCUUCCCUGUGCUCCAAAUGGUGUAUGUUGUAUAGGUAACCAGGAAGCAGUUGUUACAUUGAGUAACACUACCCUCCAGUUUGUCUCCCUUGGCAAUCAUAUGAAACUAACACAUGACAUAAAGCUGAACCAUUCCUGUUUUGGUAUUGCUUAUAAGGAUGACAAACUUCUGAUAACUGACAAUGGCACCUCACUGUAUAUACACGACAUGGCUGGAACGCUGCUGCAGACGAUAUCCAAAGACAGUUCCGGAAAUGAUAUGUUAACUAAUUGCCGCCAGAUUGCUUUCAGUGAUUCCGGAGAUAAAAUUUAUGUGGCUGACAUAUUCAACAAUAUAGUCACACUAGAUAGACAGGGAAAACACUGCAACAAUUUCAUUGAUUCUGACUUGACCAAUGGUACUGGUGUCUGCACAGAUAGAAAAGGGAAUGUGUUUGUAUGUGCAAUUGAAUCAAAAAAUAUUAUGCAAAUAAAGCAAAACGGACAAAAAGUUGGCAUCGUAGUAAAGUCGUCAGAUGGACUGAUUAAACCAUGGUCCAUUACUUUUAGUCCAGAGAUGAAUACUUUAUUUGUUACAGAAGGUAGCAAUGACAACGUUAAAGUCUUUGAACUGCAGUAAUGCUAAUACUGUAAAACAUUUUCACUUGCAAUAACAGUAUCUGAAAUAUGCUGAACAAUAGUUUUCUCCUUUAGGAGUGGGAUAAGAUCAUGUUUUUAAGAAAGAGAGAGAAAAAAACACAACGCAAAAGUAAUAUUCUAGUGUUUUGUUAAAAAUUGAUAUUUUCUGUAACAGAUAACGCCGUUAACAAUGUGAGAAUACGAUACUUUUUAUAAAAAAUAUUUUGUUGUACAGGAGAUUGCUGUACAAUACAGUGGAAAGAUAAUAAGGUCCUUCAGUUUUUGGCCAGCAAAACUCGAGUGUGCAGUUCAAGAUUAAUAGUCUGUCAUAAUUAAAUGGAGCAUGAUAUAAAAUAAAGAUGUUGGAUAUAUGAAUACAAUAAAAAUUGUAUUACUACAAUUAUAAAUAAUGAUUAUAAUAUUUGCUUACAUACCAUUUUUGAAUAAAGUUUUCAUGUAAG